ACAGACAGCCUCUACAUUUAAAUCAAAUCUAAAACAAUUUCGGGUAAUUCGUUUGUAACAUUAUACAAAGCAAAAAAUAUAACUUCGAUAUUUCACUGAUUAAAACCGAUUAAUUUUAAUAUGCAAGUGUUUAAUUAUAUAUGCGCCUGCUUGUCGAUUAUAGACGACAAAAAUACGAUUAGAUUUAACGUGUCAAAGGUUAGUGAAUCCAUUCUGACAGCAGUCGAUUUUAGAAAAAAAUUCUCAAUAGAAUUAAAUCAUGUUCAAAAGCAGUAAUGUACUGUUUAGGGUUAUCUAUCGAAAAUCUCAACAUGACUGUUUUAAAAGGUUUUAUAGUAUGGAACCGCUAUUCCCCGGAGCACGAACAACAUGGACGGACAAACUAGAAUUCACAAAACCAAGUUCGUACAAACCUCUUCCCGUAUACAGAGUGUUGAAUCGUGAAGGAAAAGUAAUCAGGAAUGAAGAAGAGCCUCGUUUGUCUGAUGAAACUUUGAUUAAAAUGUAUAAGGAUAUGACGUUUCUGGGUAUAAUGGAUAAAAUAUUAUAUGAAGCUCAAAGGCAAGGUCGAAUAUCCUUCUACAUGACCAAUUAUGGUGAAGAGGCGUCACAUAUAGGUAGUGCGGCUGCUCUCAGUUUAGAUGACGUAGUUUACGGACAAUACAGAGAAGCUGGCGUUUUACUUUGGAGAGGUUAUAGUAUACAACAGUUUGUUGAUCAAUGUUAUGGAAAUAAGGAUGACGUUGGAAAGGGGAAAUCGAUGCCCGUUCACUACGGUUGCAAUAAAAUUAACGUAGUUACAAUUUCCAGUCCGUUAUGUACGCAGUUGCCGCAAGCUGUAGGGUCCGCAUAUGCUUUGAAGGGUAAAAACAGAGUCGUGAUAUGUUAUUUCGGUGAUGGAGCCGCAUCAGAAGGAGAUGCACAUGCUGCUUUCAAUUUUGCGGCUACGUUAGAUUGUCCCGUGAUUAUGUUUUGUAGAAAUAACGGUUUUGCUAUUUCAACACCGGUUCAAGAACAAUAUAGAGGAGACGGAAUAGCAGCGAGAGGACCUGGUUAUGGUAUAAAUACAAUUAGAGUAGACGGUAACGACGUUCUAGCGACUUAUAAUGCUACUAAAAUGGCGAAAGAAUAUGCUUUGAAAGAAAGUAAACCGGUUCUAAUUGAAGCCAUGACUUACAGAGUAAGUGACCAUUCCACUUCCGAUGACAGUAGCGCUUAUAGAUCACCAGAUGAAAUCAAAUUUUGGACUAAAAAUGAUUAUCCCACUCAUAAAUUUAGGUAUUAUCUAACCGAUAAAGGGCUUUGGGACGAUACAAAACAAAAAAAUUGGCUGGAAGAGGCAAAAAAUGAAGUUAUGAAAGCUUUCAAAGCAGGCGAAGAAAAGCAUAAACGAAGCUGGGAAGUUAUGUUUGAUGAUGUUUAUCAGUAUAUGCCACAACAUAUUAGGAAACAGAAGGAUGGAUUAACACAACAUCUUAAAAACUAUAGUCAACAAUACCCAUUGAAUAAAUUCGAUCAGAAAUAUGGAAGGCUCUUUUCAACCGAAAUUCCACUUUUUCCUGGCGCGAGAACGACAUGGACCGAAAAAUUAGAAUUUGUAGGAGCUCACAGUUACAAACCGAUACCAGUAUAUCGAGUGAUGGAUCGCCAAGGAAACGUUCUAGAUCCCAAAGAAGAACCAAAUUUAUCUAACGAAAUAUUGAUCAAAAUGUACAAAGAUAUGUCACUGCUUGGGGUAAUGGACAAAAUUUUAUACGAAGCACAACGUCAAGGAAGAAUAUCUUUUUAUUUAACCAAUUUCGGUGAAGAAGCGACCCAGAUAGGUAGUGCUGCUGCUUUAAAUAAUAACGACGUAGUUUAUGGACAAUACAGAGAGGUUGGCGUGUUAAUGUGGAGAGGUUUCACUUUACAACAAUUCGUUGAUCAAUGUUAUGGUAACAAAGACGACCGUGGACACGGCAAGCAGAUGCCAGUACAUUAUGGAAGCGAUAAACUAAACUUUGUUACUAUUUCUAGUCCGUUAGGUACUCAAAUUCCUCAAGCUGUAGGUUCUGCUUACGCUUUGAAAGGUAAAGGUAGAGUGGUGGCGUGCUAUUUUGGAGAAGGUAGCGCUUCAGAAGGAGAUACGCAUGCAGCUUUCAAUUUCGCGGCUACCCUGAACUGUCCGGUUAUAUUUAUAUGCAGAAACAAUGGUUACGCAAUAUCUACUCCAGUUAAUGAACAAUACAGUGGAGAUGGAAUAGCCGCCAGGGGUCCUGGAUACGGUAUAAAUACAAUCAGGGUUGAUGGUAACGAUGUGUUGGCGGUAUUUAAUGCAACUAAAAUGGCAAAAGAAUAUAUUCUGGAAGAAAAUAAACCAGUACUUAUAGAAGCUAUGACCUACAGAGUCGGUCAUCAUACAACUUCCGACGACAGUUCUGCUUAUAGAAGUUCAGAUGAAGUGAAGCAGUGGAUGGAAAACGAUUAUCCCACGAAUAAAUUCAAAUCUUAUAUAAAUAAAAAAGGAUUAUGGGAUGAAAUGCAAGACAAAAAAUGGUUGAAAGAUGCCAGAAAAGAUGUACUGUUAGCUUUCAACGAAGGUGAACGGAAAUUGAAACAUAAAGUGGAAAUUAUGUUCGAUGAUGUUUACAAGUAUCUACCUCCUCAUUUAAUAAAGCAGAAAGAAGAAAUGGAGAAACACUUGCAGGAUUAUAAAGAACAUUAUCCACUAGACAAAUUUCAAUAAACUACUUUUUUAAAGUACAGAUUUACAAAAAAAUAAUAUUUUAUAUUUUUAUGCAAUAAAAACGACUAUACUAAAUUUGCUUUCAUUUUUUCUACUAUUUGAUAGCAUUUCUAGUUUAGUGUUUUGGUCCAAUUUGGUUCGAUAACUUUUGAGAAACUCCAUGUAAGAAUCUAAAAAAUUCUGUUCUGUUGUAGAAUUGUUUUGGAUAAAGGAAAGUCCUGAUUCAGUUUAUGUUGUAUUGUACAUAACUAAAUACAUUUCCUAAAUUACCACAAAUGAAACUUAAGACUACACUAUUUUUAUUACAUCUAGAUUAUUGCAGGUCUACUACUGAUUUCACUAUUGUUGAUUUUGUUCUAACUGAUACGAAGACCAGUCUGUAUAUUUUUAAAUGCUACGAAACUAGAGGAACUACAGCUGACCAUACUAUAUUUUUAAAUACAGUAGCACUUGGAGUAGUCAGUAGAAAAGAAUUUGUCUCCCAUAACGGUUCAUUUUUGAGUAUGUUAGUAAUAAUAUUUAAGUUUUUUUGCAGUGUAGUAUUUUAUUAGUGUGUUUUA